AGAGCUUAUCGUGACACCGUUUCGUACCGAGAGUGCAGCGCUGCAGCGUAACCUGCACGAAACGUUCGUCAGUGCAUUAUUCCGUCCUGUUUGGUGAGCCGCCGCCGCCAAUUGCCAUGUAGAAUAACAUGGCAACCAACAUAAAGUUCACAAAGUUCGACAACAGGCCAUGGGGCUUUCGACUGGCGGGUGGCAGUGACUUUCCUCAACCGCUGACUGUCAUCCGAGUAACGGAAGGAAGCUUAGCAGAGUGUAUGGGAUUGAGGGUUGGAGAUGUCAUAGUGAGACUGAACGAUCAACCCAUAGGGCCACUUUCGCAUGGCCAGGCUCACGAAGCACUCAGUCUGGCAGGCAAUAAUUUCGUAUUAGGCGUCCACAGGGUAGAAGACACCGAAACGCUUGUGGAAGCUCUUACAAAGGAUAACGUCGAACCUUACACUAUUUCUUUACAAGAUUUACCACCUCUUCAACCACUGGAAGAAAUCUUAACGCAGUUUACAGCUGAACCACCAAUUGAGGAAGAGAAACAAGAAGAAAUUAUUGAGGAGGACUUUGAGGAAAAGAUCGAAAUAAUUGAAGAAAUUCCAGAAAAACCAAAGGACGCUGAUAGUGAAGAGGUUCCUAAUCAGAAUCUGACUGAUGAAGAAAUAGCUCAACUGAUACUUGAGGAGGAAGAAUUACUUUCUGAUAAAGGAGUUCUUGGAGUUAACUUCAAGAAACUGCGUCCUCGGGCUCCGCUGUUCAAAGAGUCAAAGGUCUUCGAGGAGUUGCAGAAGGAGGCUACGGCGGAACCACCCCAGGUGCAAGAAUUAAAGCGCACCACAACCUUCCUGCAGAAGCCAGAGCGUCCCGUACCGAAGCCAAAGUCAGCCAGGGGUGAAGAAACUACAACAGCUGAAUCCCAAGAAACUUACAGAGUCAUCAUCAAGAAGCAGUCAAAGAAAAGCAUAACUGAGCGACUUCUGGAAAAGGGACUCUUGGAGCCAGGAUGUGUAAAAUCGCCCGAGCCGAGAUCCGAGAAAACCACACCGGCCGCAACCCCCGAUCCCUGUGGAAGGUCCGAUUACGGAACAGAUUCCCGUCCGGAAUCAAAAGCGGAAGUUGUGGAUUCGGAAGCAGUGGAGGCUGAAGAUCAAGAGCAAGCAGAAAUUACAGAGGCAGUGGCCGAAGAACAGGAAGCACGCGUGGAAGAGCCUGCUAAGGAGGAAGAGGAGUCCAUAAAAAUAAAGGAGGACUUGGCGGAACCAAAGCUUCCGUCUUUGCCACAACUAGACGAGCAGAAACUUAAAGAACUCGUCAAAACUGAAAUCAGCCUUGAAAAACAGCUUGAGAGUGUUCAGAAGCAACUAUUGGCUUUGAAGCAGCUGCCAAGUGAAAUUGAAAAUCACUUGAGAAUCGUUUCAGAACAGUUGUAUAAAAUAAUGGAAAUGAGUGGCGUGCGUAAUGGGAAUGAUGGAAAUUGCUGCCGAUGCUCCAGGGAUGAAGAAGCUGAAGAAAGAGAAGAAGAAAUAAGGAAACAGCAAAAGUCUGAACUUGAAUGUCACUGUGUUCGAGAAGACUUUGGACCUGGAGAAAAUCAGCAAAGGCUUUCAGAAUCCGAUGGCAGAAGAUCUCAGGCAAGUGAGAAUGAAGGCAUUUCUCAAAUUAUUGAGCCGGAUGAUGGUGAAGAACCUGAUAAUGGAGAAAUAGAAAUCUCUGUGAAGAGCAACGAAGAGGAUGAUAAUAGAGUAAAAAAAUACGUCGUAUCUUAUGAGUCAAAAGUGGAAUCGUUGACACGUGAGAAUAUCAGAUCUAGAGAGCCCAGUCCAACUCCUUCCCAGUGUACAGGGUCUAAUCUAGGAAGCUUCGAACCAGAUCCAAAUGUGGAUCCGAAAACACAAUUGAUAGAGGAGUUGAAGCACAGACAGGGGAGAAAGCGUUCCCAAGAUCUCUGGCCCCAGGCUAAGCAAUUGGAGCUCACUUACGGCAGAAGGUGGCGAUGCCCCAACGAUUUCUUCAAUGACGACAUGAUAGCGGAAGUCCUCUCAUCACAAGCAGAAGUGAUACGUGGCAGGACUUUAGGGGUCAACUUUAAGAAAUUUGAGAAGACGGCCCUCCCGAAUUUUGAUCACCUGAUGAAUUCGAGUGUCUACAAAAUGCUUCACAAGAUGGAACAAGAACCGAAAAAAGGCAUACCUGUAAGACCGCCAAGAGUUAACGCAGCCGAGGACAUUUUAGAAAGAGUUAAUUCUCCUAUGCUGAGUAUGGCAGAUGAUAGGAGCUGCAGAAGCGUCAGUCACUAAAAAAGAGGACCUCAAGAAACUUCUUCUGAUAUGAUUGAACGAAACUUAAACUUACUUUUUGUAAAGGGAAACUAAAAUGGAAAACAUAAAAUCAUACAGAAAAGAGAGUCCACCUAGAACUCUACAAACCACUCAUAUUUUUUUGAUAAAUUCAUUUCAUGUACUCAUGGUACUUAGAUUUUUACAACAGCUUUAUUCAUCUAGAAAUUAAAAGAACCUGUGUGUAAAUAAUUGAUUUAAAACGAAAAUUCUGAGUAUGUAUCAUC